AUGACUACUGCUAAUUCGCUUAGGUAUGACAUAAAACGAGCUGGUUACAUCAUCAUUACUCAUCGUGAUGAAGACGAAGACGUGCUGAACCCGCUGGUCAUGCAAGCGGCCAUGCAGCUGUGGAGCGUAGUUCAGUCGCUCACAGUCGAGGACCAUGACGAUCGUCGUAUCAACUACCCAGGAAUUUGUGUAAAGUUCCCUAUUCCGCCUGAGUUUGUUCGCACGUUGCACAAAUUCUUCAGUCCGAACAUGACCACGCCUGACCAAAUAUGUGUCUCUAAUCCCAUGGUGGAGAUGUUCAAGCUGUUACUGGUGUCGGAUCGGUCGUUUGUUAAUCGAUCAAUAGAUGAGAUGACGUUGGGUCAGAUUACCGAAGCCGUACAUCUAGAUGCCGGUAGUAUCAUACAUCUGCUCGGUGGCGUUACGCUCGACAGUGAAAAGAGAAUAGCAGGUGCGAAAGCGAUGAUGUUACCGUAUGCAUUGCGUCAUUCAGGCCGUGGGCGAAGAUUGGUUGGCUGA